AUGAUGUCAUCUUCACAAAGAGUACCCAAGUUAGGUUCCUUUCGCCACAGUUUCCUGGAGAGAAAAGAAAGGCUAGUAUCCAUGAAAGGGGGGCGGUGUGGCCGGUGGUGGUUACUCUCAAAUAGGUAUCCCUUUACCAGAAUCCGACGACGAGGAUUUCUUCCACGGCGGUGCUUUUCGUUUCGGAGAUUCUCCGAUGGGAUCGUGGAGUUUUGGAAAGAAGUGAAGCGCGUGGCGGUGAGAGCGUGGGAAAUGGGCGUGUCUGAUCCGAGAAAGAUAAUAUUCUCGGCGAAAAUGGGGCUUGCUCUUAUCUUGAUUUCGCUGUUGAUUUUUCUUAAACAACCGUUUCAAGAUGUCGGUAGAUAUUCUGUUUGGGCCAUUCUCACUGUUGUCGUCGUCUUUGAAUUCAGCAUAGGAGCAACUCUUAGCAAAGGGGUAAACAGAGGAAUAGGGACUUUAUCAGCUGGAGGACUUGCUUUAACAUUGGGAAUGCUAUCAAAUUUAGCUGGAGAAUGGGAAGAAAUUGUAAUAAUCAUUAGCAUCUUCAUUGUAGGAUUUUGUGCCACAUACGCGAAACUAUACCCAACAAUGAAGGCUUAUGAAUAUGGUUUCCGUGUGUUCUUGAUUACCUAUUGUUACAUUACUGUAUCUGGAUAUCGAACCGGGGAAUUUAUUCAUACGGCUAUAAAUAGAUUUUUGCUCAUUGCCCUUGGUGCUGCUGUAUCUGUCGGCGUAAAUGUGGGCAUAUAUCCAAUCUGGGCCGGUGAGGAUCUACAUAAUCUUGUUGCAAAGAAUUUUACGGGCGUUGCGACAUCAGUAGAAGGUGUUGUAAAUAACUACCUUAACUGUAUUGAAUACGAGAGGGUGCCGUCGAAAAUUCUUACAUAUCAAGCUUCCGAUGAUGUAGUUUACAGUGGAUAUAGAUCAGCUGUUGAAUCUACAAGCAAAGAGGAUUCAUUGAUGAGUUUUGCUAUCUGGGAGCCACCUCACGGUCGGUACAAAAUGUUUCGAUAUCCAUGGAAGAAUUAUGUUAAAGUAAGUGGAGCGCUUAGGCAUUGUGCUUUCAUGGUCAUGGCUAUGCAUGGAUGUAUACUUUCUGAAAUACAGGCUCCAGCGGAUAAGAGACAAGUUUUCCGCAAUGAGCUGAAGAAAGUAGGUUCUGAAGCAGCUAAAGUUCUACGCGAACUUGGCAACAGAGUUAAAAAGAUGGAGAAACUAGGCCAAGAAGACAUUCUUUUUGAAGUACACGAAGCAGCGGAAGAAUUACAACAAAAGAUCGACAAAAAAUCGUUCCUUCUUGUAAAUUCAGAACUUUGGGAAAUCGGUAACAGACCAAGAAACGAAAGCGAUUCUCAAGACCUCUUACAAAUGGACGAAGAAAGUCAUUUCUUGGAGUACAAGUCACUAAGUGAAGCUGUGCUGGAUUUAAGUUCGGUUAGAGUUCCAAAAAGUUGGGAAGAAAAUAUUGCAUGCGACAACGGCAUUAAGCCUGCUAAUGUUGUUACCGAAAAAAUGUUGAGGAAACAAACAUCUUGGCCUGCACAUAUUUCAUUUCAAGGAGAUGCAAUGACAAAACAGGAAGAAUCAAAAACAUAUGAAAGUGCUAGUGCACUAACUUUGGCAACAUUCACAUCACUUUUGAUUGAAUUUGUGGCUAGGUUACAGAACCUUGUGGAUGCUUUUGAAGAGUUAGGCGAGAAAGCAAAGUUUAAGGAUCCUCUUGAGCAACAACCACCUGUAACAUCUGGUUGGAAUAGGUUGUUUAAGUGUUUCAAAUCUAAGGAUUGA